AUGAAACAAUUCGUAACCAUCGGUCCUACUGUGGUUGUGCCUUCUAUAGUUGCUAAUGAUGGUGUCGUGGUUUGGACGCCCCCAGCAACGGUCUGCGAAGUUGCUGUGCGUCGCGGUGAACGGUAUUCACCAGACAGUCGAAAAACUUCCACGGGCAUUUCAGGAUCAUGCGUCUCUUACGAGGGUGAAAUCAUCAGUCCCGAGAAUUCCUGUGGUGGUCUUGCUGCAAGCGUACACGCGAAGUCUUCUUCGAGUCAUCGUGGGAAUUUUGACCACUCCGAUGCGCAUGUGAAACGGUCGAGACCUCGAGCAAUGUCGAAAUCUCCCUCACCGAAACGAAAACGGCGAACCUGUCCUCCAAGAACAACUUGUGCAAGCGAUGCACGAUCCUGCAAUGAGCGAAUUUCAUCGAAAGGAAGAAGUAGCUCUUCGAGAAAUCGUGACCGUCGAGCGGAGGCGAAUCAUUCAGCGAGAGAUCGUAGAUCGCGCCCUGGGUCUGAUAGGAACCCUGAUCAAACUUCAGCGCGCAAAAGAAGGGCGGAAACAACGAGUCGUACCAAACGGGAUACGGUUAACAGGUCGAGGAGAAGGGUUCCUGGACCAGUUGUAAACCUCUCUGAAGCAAAGUCUCCGAGGCGCUUGAAGCGUCAGGGAAAGGUUGAGGUUGAGCAAAGAGCUAGUCGUCAAGGAGCUAGUCGAAGGUCUAGUAGGAACAGAAGCGCUUCUAGAGAAGACGAGAAAGGGGAGAGUGCCGCCGUUGAAGGGGAUAGUGUCACAAUAACUUCAUGUACACUGCUCGAGACAGUGUCUGCUCCGGAGGAAUCUGCCACUGUGUCUUGCGAUUUGAAUUCCGGAAAACGUGAUGUCAUUUUGGAACAGCUGAGUGUUGAAGUCGAUCCGCAAGCAACGAUGGUCACGGAAGAACGCGAACGAACCCCAGAAGGCGUUGAUCCUGAUGCGGAUGGCGAACACUGUACUCUUGAGUCGCUCUCUAGUGCUUGGAAAGACAGCGACUUCGUCUACGAGGAUUACGAUCUUCUCACUCCACGACAUCGCGAAAUGGCUUCAAUGGAAUUUAAUGUUGUCUCCAUUUAUACCGAAGACACCGACGUUCAAUACCCCCUCGGACUACUCUCCGCUUGGGACUGUAUCUCAGCUAAGCCGCUCAAGUCCAGGAUCAGACUUAGGAGUGCCCGUUACACCACGUGA